GAAAAUAAGCCAAAACAACUACUUUAAAUACUACUAAUUGAACUUUGCAUACCCAUCAACCAAGCUAUAUAAAUAACUUAAUUUCUUGGACCUUAUAAUAUUACAUAAACAAAUAGAAAAAAUAAAAAUGGGUUCUGAUGGGGAUUUUAGCUUUCCGGUGAUAGAUUUCUCUGAUCCGGACUUAAAACCAGGCACCACUACAUGGGACUUGGUAAAAUCCCAAGUUCAUAAAGCUGCAGAAGAGUAUGGGUGUUUUCAGGCUUUUUUCAAUAAAAUUCCUCAAGAACUUCAAAAGGGUAUGAAUGGAGCAUUAGAAGAAAUGUUUCAAUUGCCUGAAGAAAUUAAAAAAUGCAAUGUUUCUGAAAAACCUUUUCAUGGUUAUCUUGGAUCGUCUUCAUCGAUAUACGAAAGCCUAGCAAUCGAUGAACCCGACAUCUUUAACAAGGUCGAAAACUUCACUAAUGUCUUGUGGCCCGAAGGAAACACAAACUUUAGCAAUGUUGUACAUUCAUUCUCCCAUGCAGUGGUGGAGCUAGAUCAAACGAUAAGGAGGAUGAUUUUGGAGGGCUUAGGUGUUGAGAAAUAUGCAGACGAGCAUAUAAACUCUGCAAAGUAUUUGCUAAGGGUGAGCAAAUAUGAAGCACCACGAACUACUGAUAAAAAGAUAGGUUUAAGUGCUCACACAGACACCAAUUUCAUCACCAUAUUGUGCCAAAAUCAAGUAAAUGGGCUGGAGAUUCAAACCAAAAAUGGCGAUUGGAUUCCUGUUCAAUAUUCGGCAGAUUCAUUUUUCGUCUUGGUUGGUGAAGCUUUCAGGGCAUGGGUAAAUAAUCGAGUCUACAGUCCGUACCAUCGCGUGAUGAUCGCCGGUGACAGUAAAAGGUACUCAGGUGUGAUGUUUUCGAUGCCCAAAGAAAAUGACAUUAUCAAGGCCAUAGAAGAAUUGGUAGAUGAAGAACAUCCCUUAGUAUAUAAGCCUUUUUGUUACGGUGAAUACCUCAAGCAACGAUUAGCGUACCGAUAUGCAGACCGGUUUGCCGAGGGUGUUCUUCGCAAUAUUAUUGCACCACCUUUGAAGGAGUAUUUUGGAGUUUGAUAACGCUAUUUUACUUAUAAUGAGCAAAUUAUUUGCAGAUUCCACACAAGUGUCAUAAUUUAUAUUUUUAACUUUUAUUUGAAAAAUUAAACGUUAUUA